AUGCAGGCUGAGGAAUACAAUCGUAGAGGUAAGGAGCUGGUGGACUACAUCACCCAGUACCUGGGCUCCAUCAGGGAGAGGAGGGUGAUUCCAGACGUGAAGCCCGGCUACAUGAGGGAGCUUCUCCCAGACACUGCGCCUACAGAGCCGGAGGACUGGGAGAGCAUCUUUAAGGACAUCGAGAGAGUCAUCAUGCCAGGGGUGGUUCACUGGCAGAGCCCUCAUAUGCACGCCUACUACCCCAGUCUGACUUCAUGGCCCUCUAUGCUUGGGGACAUGCUGGCCGAUGCCAUCAACUGUGUUGGAUUCACCUGGGCCUCCAGCCCAGCGUGUACGGAAUUGGAAAUGAAUGUGAUGGACUGGUUGUGUAAAGCACUGGGGCUCCCCUCCUUCUUCCUGCAUCACCAUCCAGACAGCCGAGGUGGAGGCAUACUGCAGAGCACAGUCAGUGAGAGUACACUGGUUGCUCUGCUGGCAGCCAGGAAGGACAAAAUGUUGCAGCUGCGGCCUGAGCUUGACCAGGAUGUGGACGACUCGGUCCUAAAUUCAAGACUGGUGGCCUACGCUUCAGAUCAGGCUCAUUCCUCGGUUGAGAAGGCGGGUCUGAUCUCUCUGGUGAAGAUCAGGUUUCUGCCCACUGAUGAGCAGUUGUCUCUGAGAGGAGACACUUUGAAACAAGCUAUACAAGAAGACAGGAGGAGGGGACUGGUCCCUUUCAUGCUGUGUGCAACUUUGGGAACUACAGGAGUGUGUGCCUUUGACAAUCUGCCUGAACUGGGACCAGUCUGUGCAGAAGAGGGACUGUGGCUUCAUGUCGAUGCUGCGUAUGCUGGCUCAGCCUACUUCUGUCCUGAGCUUCGCUGGUCCCUGGAGGGCAUUGAAUUUGCUCACUCUUUUGUUUUCAACCCGUCAAAGUGGAUGAUGGUCCAUUUUGACUGCACAGCUUUCUGGGUUAAAGAUAAAUAUAAGCUCCAACAGACGUUCACUGUUGAUCCUGUUUACCUCAGACAUGAAAACUCACAGGCCGCCACAGACUUUAUGCACUGGCAAAUUCCCCUCAGCCGGCGUUUCCGUUCUCUUAAGCUCUGGUUUGUUAUGCGCUCCUUUGGGCUGAAAAACCUCCAGGCUCAUAUCAGACAUGGCAUCGAGAUGGCAAAGCUCUUGGAGUCUCGCAUAAAGAGUGAUCCAAAUUUUGAGGUUCCUGCUGAGAGGCACCUUGGCCUGGUGGUGUUUUGUCUGAAAGGAGGAAAUGCUUUGACCCAGGAGCUGCUGAGGAGACUGACCCGGUCGGGCACCAUGUACCUCAUCCCUGCAGACAUUCACACAAAGCGCAUCAUCCGAUUUACGGUGACAUCGCAGUUCAGCACCGCGGAGGACAUCCUUAAGGACUGGAGCAUCAUCUCCAAAACGGCUUCCACUCUUCUGGCUGAGACACAGGCUCUGAAUAAUAACGCGGACCAACCAAAAUCGGGGAACGAUGAGGUGAUUCAAGAAAACCAUAACGACGACUCAGACACAAGGUCUGAGGAGAGUGAGGAUGCUGCCUCCAGGCUGGACAAGGCUGAAGUGGAGCUGUGGAUUGACAAGGCUUGGAAUCGAUCUAGGAGACCAAUGCGAUCUCUCAGCUGCAGCAGCGAGCCUCUGCCUUACACUUGCAUCUGUCCGCUGUCUGGCUAUGACUUUGACAAGAGGCCUAGUCUGAAAGAUGCUGAAGGCGCCCACCCAAACACACCAUCAAUGGCAGGAUCUGGUCCCAUGUAUAAGAUCAGAGAGGUGCCUUCAAAUCUUCUGGCUAAACAGGACAUUAAAAAAAAGCUGACAAAGUUCUACAGCGUGCCCAGUUUCUGCAACCAGUGGGUGCAGUGUGGCCGGCACCAGCUGUGCUGCCCUGUGAAGGUUUCACAGGCAACUCAAAAACACUUGUCCUCCACCUGCAGACGAAUGACCUGUAUGUGUUCUUCCCCUGUAGCCAACUCAGCUCCCUCUCCUACUCCACUGGAAACUGUCACCGCUCCUAAGCUCCUUGAAUGAGUCUGAAGCAGUGU